AUGUCUGUUGUAGGGCCCCAUGCGGCCUCUGUCUGGGCGGAUCCAGGAUGUUUUGCUCUCAUCGGUGCUGGUAGUUUUCUAGGUGGCACGACGGGUCUUACCUUUUCUAUUUGUACGAUUCUGAUGGAAACCACUAGCGACUUUCAGCAUCUUCUACCGCUUAUGAUGGGUAUUACCAUUGCCAAGAAGACAGCAGAAAUAUUUACACAAAAUAUUAAUGCGAUUCUACUCCAAAUGCGUUGUGUGCCUAUGCUUGACUUUGAGAAUGAAAUUCAUAAGUACCCCAUGUUUGACGCUUGUCAUGUGAUGGCAUCACCUGUUGUGGCAUUGGAGACUGUGUGCACGAUUGGGCGUAUUAUUCACGUCUUGCAAAGCACCCGCCAUAACGCCUUUCCUAUUGAAAGCGUGCGUGAUAGAGUAUACAAGGGUAUCAUUGUGCGACAGCAACUGGAGGUUCUCCUUUGGCACGUGCAUUUCACGCCAUACCCUUCUACCUGUACCUAUGAAUUUGGGAAAAAAGUGGAGGCCCGUCUGUUUUACGAUAAUUUGUUGGGUACUGUGCCGCCGUUAGAAACGCGACUAGAGGUUCGAAUUGAUCUUUCACCCUACAUUGAUCAUUCUGGUUUUUGUGUGCUCGAAACUACGACACUUCCGCGGACCUACACUAUGUUUCGCACUCUCGGCCUACGCCAUAUGACUGUCGUCAACUCCGAAAACCACAUCGUUGGCAUUAUUACUCGGAAGGAUCUGGUGACGGAUCGCAUUAUCGAGGGCAUUGUCGCCGCCAAGGCUCGUCGUAUGGUUCUAGAGCAAAGACACCGCGAGACCUCAGAGAGAUCGUUUGUCGUACCAAACAGCAUUGACAACAACAAGGAGGACGAAUAUAAAAGUGACGGCGAUGCAUGGAAUUCGCUGAAUGUCUUGAGGAGUCCUUCAAGGGAAACGGACGUAACGGGGAGGGGACACGAGUUUUACCGUAUAGGGGAAUGGAUCGUGGUGGGGAGGUAUGAGGGGGGUUGGGCGGAGGCUGCGGAAUCAAAAGAAGCAUUCAUGCAUCCUAGUGCAGCGAAGGUGGCUGCCAUCCGUGCCCAGGCCGAAAAAAAAAAUAGUUUACGUCGUGAAUAUGCUAAAUUUGACGGUCCAAAUGGGGAGAAACGCAGGCGUAUGGUGGACCAAGAGGCGAUACCACCGUCGGUGUUGUCGCCCGAUAGCUCUCACUGCGUUUAA